CCAGUUCCGUGGCUGGUAACAUUUCGUCGGUGCAGAUUUGAUAUCUAUCUUGAAAUUGAAAGAGAUGCCGCUUCGUCAGGCUUUGGAAACAGGAUUGCGCUUUGCGAAGCGUUCAUUCAAAGGGGGUAUGUAUGCAUGAAUUUAAUUUUCUAAUAGUUCCCGAACAUUUCAACAUUAUCUGUUUCAAGCAGAGAAUUAAAAAUAUUUACAUUAAAACAAAAUCGAACUAUCACACCGUCAGUUGACUGAGAUGUGUCAAAAUUGUAAAGUUUUAUAUUGCGCAGAGAAUAGGGAGCUUAAGAUACACCAAAUCUAAGACGUGGACGCCGUGACGAAAAACUGCCGCUAAAGACCUUUAGAUUGACGUUUACAGCAAACGUCAGACCGCUAACGACGUUUUUGAUUUUACAGCUCUUUAUAACCGCUUUUACAAGAGUUUUGAAAUAUAUUAAACACUUACUAAACUUGUGGUAUUUAACAAUGAUUCAAGAAACAAAUUGACCACUUGUCAUGUAUCACCAAAGCAGUAAAUCAAGCCUAAAAUUUAUACACUAAACGUCAACUUCAAACGCCAUGAUCUUUUAAUUUACUGCUUUGAUGAAUAUGUGACUAUAGUCUAUAUAGUGGCUUAGUGCCGAAGUGGUUAAUUUGCUUUGUCUUAAAUCAUUGUUAAUUAAAAACGGUUAUGUUUUUUUAUUCACAGAAUCACAGUUUACUUCACGGGUAAAAACUAUGGAGUGUUGUUGGUAAACAAAGCCAGGGACACGAGAAAAACAAAAUAAAACUAGUUUGUUUUUUAUUUUAUCAAACUAAAUACGCAAUUUGUACGAUUUUCUUGACGGGAAAUUCCCGCAUAGUCCGGGGAAUCCCACGCACGCCAGCCUAGCGAGUAGUGGCAAGAUUCAUAAAAGUUCGAGUAAAGUAUGGUAACAUUUUUAUAUUUUUUCCUGAACACAAUCGAAAUAUUAUAAUUACAAAGGGGUUAUCGGUUAAAGGGGAAACGGAGAAUCUGGGAACGGGGAAUAUUGGGGAAUGUGGGAAUAUCUCGGGGAAUGUCAUAUUUCCCCUUUUAAAGGGGCAAUAUGAUAUUCUCCAAGAUAUUCCCCCGAGAUAUUCCCCAAGAUAUUCUCCCAUUCCCCGAAAUAUCUCCCAUUUCCAAUAUCCCCCCAUUCUCCUAUAUUUCGGCCGUUUCUCCAUCCUCCGUUUCCCGAUUGCCCGUCACUCCUUUUCAAAAAGAUAGCCAUUAAAAGGUUAUAAUUAUCAAUCUCUCCAAAAUAUAUGAUGAAGAUUUUUUCUUAGACAUUUCUAAAACAUUUUCAACAGUGUAAAAUACCCGAAAUGUUUAUAAAUGGCUAAACAAUGAAAAGACAAUGGAACGAUCUGAUCACUGGAUCAUGACUGGAUGACAUGGAGAACAGUGAGAUUUUCAAAAAAAUGAAAAGACAAUUGAACAUUCUGAUCACUGAAUCAUGACUGGAUGGUACGGAGAACAGUGGGAUUUCAAAAGCAAUGAGAAGACAAUGGAACAUUCUGAUCACAGGAUCAUGACUGGAUGGCACGGAGAACAGUGGGAUUUUCAAAACAAUGAAAAGACAAUGGGACAUUCAGAUCAAUGGAUCAUGACUGGAUGGCAUGGAGAACAAUGAGAUUUUCAAAACAAUAAAAAGACAAUGGAACAUUCUGAUCACUAGCCAUAAUGUUUAUAAUGGUUAUUAUUUAAGUGGCUUCUUUUCACGUUUGGUAUACACUACUUUGACUUUGGCGAUUGAGAUCGAUUCCGAUAACGUUCGGCUUUCGCGAAGGAAAUCUUUGAAAUGAACUGGUUCUGCUCUUGGUAAAAUUAUAGGCAGCCCAGCAAAUAAAAUAUAUGUAUUCACUGAAGGAGUUAAACGCUUAAAAUGCGUAUAAAGAUUAAAGUUCGUCUGAAUUUGCCAAGCCUAUCAGUAUCAUAACUUUUUUUAGAAAUUUGCGUUAUUUUUGCUUUUUCCAGCGAACGUACUAGUGUGUGUUGUAAAUGUAUAUUUUGGCAACGAUAUAAUAUAUGCCGGGCAAUAUAAUACAUGCCGGGCAAUAUAAUGACGUACAUGAUAUCAAAAACAUAAUGUCAUAUACUUCUUGCUUUACUUGGGACCCAAUUUCAGAACUAGAAACAUGCAUAAGUUAGAUCAUUAUACAUCAGUUAAUUUUUAGGCAUUCAUCAUGCGACACCUCGUUCGACUUCAACUGUUCAAAAUGCUAUGAUUAAACCAAAAGUUAUUGGUGAUCAGGUACAGCCGCCAAUUGUCAGAAAGUUUUUCUUUGCCCACUGGCUUCAAAAUUCCUCAAGAGUUGUUUCUUUUAAAAGUAAGUGAAAUAAGCUGUUAUUAUUUGUAGAAAUCACAUUCUCUAUUAAAUUGAAAUUAUAUAAUCGUAUCUAAUUAAUAUGUUCUAAAAAUACACUAUAUAAUACAGAUUACCCAAUCGAACGAACCGUGGCCAAUGGAAGAAUGAAUCCAAUGCUCCUGUUUUUGGCACUUGUUGGAUUCACAUAUAUGGGUAAGUAUAGUACUACCUGUUCGCAGAUCACUUUUUAAGUUAAGCUAUAAUAUACUUUCAAAUUAAAAAGUGGUAAGAUGCUUAUGAAACUUCUAUAUGCAUGAGUGCCGCGGUUCUUUUCUAUUUGAAUCAAUGAGUUUAUAAAUUCUAGUGCUGAAUAAAUAAUUAAUUAAACUAUGCUUGGUCAAUAAGUAAAGGUUAUUUUCUUGUAAUAUAGAAGUAAAAGAGAAUGAAACUUCAGGGUCAGCAACAUGCUCACCCGAAGAAGAGAAACUGCACCGUUUGUUGCAAGAUAUGUUACAAAGCACAGCAAAGGUAACUGUUCCACAAAUGCUACAUCUGCACUGAUAACAUAAAAACUUACAACACAAGAGAUUCUUCGUGGAUUAUUUUGAUAAAUUAUCUUUUUCAGAACAUUCCCGAGGUAUCAGUGAAUCACACUGGAAAGAAAUUGAAGGAUUAUAGAAUCAAGGAACGUCUUGGCAAAGCGUCUUGCAAUUCAGCUGUUUAUGCUGCAGAAAUUCAUGAUAAUCCGGUAGCUGUUAUUAUGAAUGCUUCAAGCAAUAUUCAUUUACUAAACUUCAAAAAUGUUAUAAUGAUGUCAUAAUGUGAUGUCAUAUAUGUCAUUAUGAUGGCUGUCAUGAUGAUGUCAUAAUAAUGAUGUCAUCAUAAUAUGAUGUCAUGAUGAUGUCAUCAUACUGCACCAUCAAGAUGAUGUCAUCAUAACAUGAUUUCAGGUCCAUAAACCUUGAUGUGUAUUACUGAUAAUUUAUUAUUUAUGUUUUUUUUUCUUAGUGUGCUCUGAAAAUGUUGUUCAACUACAGUGCAAGCUCUCAAAGUGUAUCACUGGAGAAAGUAAGCAAUUUGUUUUAAGCUAAUUAAUAUACAGAAAAACGCCAUUAUACUGUAUGUUUUUAAUGGAUAUGAUGACUAAAUAUAAGUUUAUUGGAAUGUUAAUAUUUGAUUUCUAGGCCUUCUCUAAAGAACUUGCAGUGUUACCAAGAAACGAGGAGAUACCAACAAUGAAUGGUAAGCCGUAACAAUUUUACAGGUAAAAAAUGCGCGAGUGUUUAAGCGCUGCUGCACUUCAGAGUUUUAUAGAAUUCCUUGUUGUGCAAGUAAGUAAGUAGUUUAAUAUGAAUGAGCAGCAGAUUUUAUCAAUCUAAAUAAGACUAUUUCAUAAAUCUGAAAUAUUAUUUUAAUUCAUAUCUUUCUGAUAUUUCUUGGAUUAAAACUAUGAUAAUGUACUUAUUGUAAUGCAGAUACAUCAAGAUAUACAAGACUUCCAAAUCAUUUUAAUGUGAUAAAAGUUCUGGGGCAUUUUGCUGACAACACUCCAGUACUUUCUGAUGCGGUGGACAGCUAUCCACUAGCUUUGCCAUCGCGUUUGUAUCGUGAUGGUUAUGGAAGAAACAGAACUAUGUUUUGUGUCAUGCAAAAGUAUGUGUAAAGCCGUGCGUUUGAAUAUAUCAGUGUUGAAUUUAUUCUUGAAACCUUGGCAAUGGGAUAAAAUGUAACUAUAAUUACUGAACAUAAAUUCAAUGUCUACAAUACCUUCUCGUAUUUAAAUCCACCUGUUUCACAUCCCCAGAUUUUCAGGAACACUUCACGAUUACAUUGCAAAACAUAAAGACAAUCUCCACACCAAGACCUCAUUAGCAUUAUUGGCGCAACUACUUGAAGGCUUGCGUCAUCUUAACAUCCAUGGAGUGGCGCAUCGCGAUCUGAAAAGUGAUAAUAUUUUGGUCAAUGAAAGCGCAAAUGGAAUGCCUCAUUUGGUUAUAACUGACUUGGGGUGCUGUUUAGCUGAGAAACGUCAUGGUUUAAAACUGCCGUUUGAAACUGACGAGACAAGCAAAGGUGGCAAUGCUGAACUGAUGGCACCGGAGGUAGGAAAUAAAUUUCAGUAUUUUGUAGUUCGUAAUAUUUAGUUCGUAUUUAAUGCUAAAACUUGAGAUACAAAUCUUUUAAAUUCUUCAGGUGGUUAGUGCUGAACCUGGUCCUGGGCAGAUAAUUGACUACAGUAAAUCUGAUGGUACGUAUAAAUUGUUCAUUCGCGUGUUCACACGGAACAGCUAUAGUGGUCAAUAAUAGAAGCAAGAUUAUAAUUAAACUACAUCUCUGAAUUCUGUUUAUUGGCCUCCAAACACAAGACAUACAAUGAAAAGAACUAACAGUAUUUUCUCAUUCUGAUAACUGCAGGUUCAUCUGCUACGAUAGUGCUUAAUGAAACCAAGCUUGAUUCUUAAUGAUUUUCAUUUCAUACUAUCUGUUCCAGAGUGGGCUGCGGGUGCAAUUGGAUAUGAGAUUUUCGGUCAGAAACAUCCAUUUCAAAACCAGACUGUGGAUAAAGAAUCGUACAACAUUGACCAUCUGCCCGAGUUGAAGGGGUAUGCAUUGUAUGUUGUACUGUACGAUGUUGUAUUUAUCCUUAGAGAACGUUGCUGACAGUCAUUUGUACCUAAUAUUCUCUGACCCUUUACUUUGAGCUGAACUAUGCUAUGAACUGAACUAUGUUUUUUUGUGUUUAGAGCGCCAAUGGCUGUUCGUGUUCUUAUCAAAGAGCUCCUACAAAGACAUCCAAACGACAGACCUGACAUUUCAUUGGCUGCUACUGUUUGUCAGAUGUUGCUAUGGGCACCAGACUUGUGCAUGGUGGAUAACCAAGCGAGUCCAUUGGACAAUGUUAAACGGUAUUGAUUUUUUUUUCCUUAACUAAAUUGCUGUUUGUGGAUGUCAAUUACAAAUUUCAGCAGUUAGUUAAGUUACUGUAAUUCAGGCCUCGUGUAUAGAAGGUUAUGUAUUUUUUGUUUGUUUAGCGUGAACCUUGAUUACUUGAAUAAGCAUUUAAAUUAUUUUCAUUAUAGUUGGUUUGAACGCAUGACAUUGUCUCUGACAUUUGGAAUAUGGGAAUACCAAGAUCAACAAGAUAUUCCAGUUGAAAAACAGGCAAGUGUCGUGUUGUAGAAACAGUAAUACACCCUUUUGGAAAGUACUUCACUUGAGCUAUAGAGCCUCGUUUUCGCGUAUGUGACGUUGGUUAAAGCUGGGUGAAUUUAAAAUAAUACCAAAGUUUGCUUUGUUUUAGGUCUUACUCUCUUUCCUAUCUCGUACGAGUGUUGACGAAAUUGUGAAAGCGAUCCGAUGGUUGCAUGGCUUUUCAAACGUGGAUACGCCUUUAUACUAGACUUUAUAUUACUUGUAGUGCGCAAAAAUACACUUUGAUAUAUUAAACAUAAGAAUAAGGCAAGACAAUUCGUCUGACGAAUCUCGACACACCUAGAAAGGUUUGUGACAAUAUUAAACCAAUACAUUGUGUAUAAUGCAUUUAUUUAAUAGUUUUCAUCUAAUAAAAUAGUGGUAUUUUGUG